AUGAUCUGCAUUGAAAAAAAAUCAAGAAGAAAAAUAAAAAAUCGUGCGAAACGUCAGUUGCACCCAAACAACCAAUGGAUUCCAAUUGGAACAGGAAACCAUUAUAAAGGAAAAUGGAAUCACAGAACGAUGUCCGGAAAUGGAGUGUAURUUAUGCAAAAUGGAACUGUCUAUGAGGGCAAUUUUGAUGACGGGUUGUUUCACGGAGAUGGCAUUUUGUACUAUUCGUCAGGAUCUCGAAUUGAGGGAGUUUGGGAAAAAGGAAAAUGCGUACAACAAAAUUAUAUAUUCAGCGACGGUCUCAGGUUUCAGGAAAAUAAUUGGCAAUACUGUAAGGCGACCGAUAGAAGGGUCCCGACGGAAGAAUGUAGGAAUUGGAUUAUUGAAAACUGUCAUCGAGGAGGCAAAAGAGUGGUAGGUUUUCGACCGGAAUUUUACAAAAAUUGGUAUGGUACAGAGCGAGAAAAUGAUGGAAGACCUACGACUGCAGAGAACAAUAUAUUUUUCGGAGAAAUCAUCCACUACGACCAAUCUGUUAUGACCGAAAUCAAAUCAGCUCCUUGGUUGGUCUUACCUAUAAAAAACACACGGAUACGGUAA